AUGGACAAAGAUUGCGACAUGUUAUAUAAGAACAUCUCUGACCUUUACAAAUCUGAAGAAUUUAAGACCUACGACAACUUUGUUUCAUUAGUUGCAAAAUGUGUUUGGGAAAUAAGAGAUAAAGAUAGUAGGGGUAAGGUAUGGAACGAACAAAUAAGACCCGCUAUGUUCGAGAUGAAGAGAGCAAUUGACGCCUUAGUUGUUUUAGCAGGUAAGGUUUCAGAAUAUAACGCAAAAAUGAACCCACAAUGUUCUAAAUGUAAAGCAGCAAUUAGGAAAUAUAACUACUCCGUCAAAGAGAUAGAAAGAAUGCGAAACGACUAUGCAGACUUAAAGAAAGAAGCAGAAAAACCAGCAGAAAAUAAAAUGGAUAUGUUAGCAUUUCUGAACAAAAACUAUCCAACAGCAGAAGAUUUCCUAUUAUCUGACGUCAAGAAGAAGUAUAAAGAAACUUUCGGUAUCGUUAAAACAUUCGAUAUCCUCAGCGAAGAAAUAGAAGCUACGAAAUUGUUUAGGAUUUCAAAUAUACAUCAUACAAUUCAUGUAAAACGCUUAUAA